AUGAACAGCAAAGGGAUGAACAUGAAGAUGCAACUUUUACAGCAGCAGCUCACUACUGCAUGUGAUGAUGACACCACUUCACUGCUACAAGACUGUUACUUGUUGGAAAAGGAGCGUCUCAAAGAAUGGUCCCUAUUUAAAGAGCAAAAGAAGAAUUUCGAGAAAGAAAGACUAAGCUUUACAGAAGCAGCUAUUCGCCUUGGAUUGGAGAGGAAGGCAUUUGAAGAAGAAAGAGCCAGCUGGUUAAACCAACAGGUUUUAAAUAUGACUACCUAUGACCACCAGAACUCAGAAAAUGUGAAACUUUUCGGUGCCUUCUCACGAAGUUCUGAUCGGGACAACCCUACAGUACACUCGAGGCCACGGCAAAAGAAACCUCACGGUGUGCCUAGUGGGUCUUCAGUUUGCGAGUCUAAACUUAUUAAAUCUCUUCCUGCUUCUCCCUCUACUUCCGACUUUUGCCAGACACGUUCCUGUGUAUCUGAACAUAGUUCAAUCAAUGUACUAAAUACAACCCCUGAAGAAUCUAAGCCAAAUCAGGUUGGAAGAGAAUGUACAAAGCAGAAGUGGAGCGUGGCAUCAAGGUCUGGAUCACUGGAAGGUUGCUAUAGUGGAUGCUCCUUGACCUACACAGAUUCUCACAUAGAGAAGGAUGACUUACCUUAG